AGCAAAGCUUGGAUGUGAUGGCGAUCAACGGCGACCAGCUUGCCAACGGCAUCGUAGGCGGCCACGUCGUCGAGUCGGACUGCACGAAAUUGCGCACGCUCAACGUGCUCGACCACCGCGACGACGACGGCCAGCACCUCCUCUGCGGCAACUCGUGCUUCAACGCGACGGCGGCCACCUAUGCUGCGAUGCUCAACAACGACUGCUUCCACGGCGAUGACGAGUACGAAGUCGCCAACCAGCGACUGUAUGCAGCAAGCUUCCAAUUUGCGUGCCAGGCCUACGCCGCGUCCAAGUACUGCGUGUCACUGCUUGGCGACACGGUCGCGUCCGCCGGUGGCAGCUACGACCUCUGCAAGGACAUUGUCAAGCCGCUCGAGUGCUGCUACGAGAGCUACCGACGCUACAUGCUCUUUGGCACCAACACGUCGGUGGCCGAGAUGAACUACAUUUCGAAAAAGUGCGGCGACGUCGUCACAAACGCGUGUCCGUGUCAUCUCAACCUCUACGCGACCAACGUCUCCAACACCUACGUCUGCAGUUAUGGUGGACGCGCGACGGUCUCGAUGCUCCUGCUGCUCACGCUAUGUUGGCUGCAAGUGGAAUAAAAUCGCUUAUAGCGCGCCUAC